GUGGCAUGAGCGUGGCCGUCCAUUGCAUUUUUGUUGUGAAAAGUACGAGUAGUACCCAAAAUAACAAGCCAGGACUACAUGUACUACCUAUCCUAGCCUAGAAUCUACAUUGUACGUCAUGUACACUUCAUUUUCAGCUCUGCGCCAGCCGGACAAGUGCUUGUUGGACCCAUCACAAUGCCUUUCUGCAAUUUGCAGCUGAGUUGGUAGUUCCGGUGGUCGUUUACCAUCAUACCCUACUUCGUAGGCUAGCUACUCCAUCUUCUUGCAGUUCAAGCAGCAGACUUUAAACAAAUAACCCGUUGCCGUCUGACGUGACCAGCUGGAAGCCUGCUUUGCCGCCUGAAGCCACCUGUCUUGCCUCUGAAAACUUCCGAUUAUCUCAGUCUGGAAAGUAACGUCGUUAUACGUUAGUAGCUAGUUGUGCCUGCAGAUACCAAGCAGCUGCGGCCGAGAACGUGCAUGUAGCUGUGUACGGAACGCAGGAGGCGAGACGCUUCGUGUCGAGCACUCAGAACAAAGCAGGACUCGCUGGCCGCAAAGAGCAAAAUAUACACCGCAUAGUAACGUUAGCCGGCGUAAUUUACGACGCAACCAUGACUCGAUUCAUCGCUGUGGUAGCGCUGGCGUGGAUAACUUCACUGAUGCGUCUCACGUCUUCAGGCAUGCACCUUUACGCGGGGUUUGCGUGCUCCCUCAAUGACACAACAGUCAGUUUAUGCCAGGGCGUGAAUUCUGUGGGGCAACGUGCCUACAAUAUCUUUGAGGCAUUCUCGUUCUACCAGGAAAGCACAACCCUGCUUGGGUUUUUGGUGGUGCUAUGUUUGUGGGAGAAAUACUAUGUCAGCAGGCUAGUGCAACUACACCUUGCACGUAUGCCAAGUUUUUACAUAUUGCUCAUGCUGAUCCUGGUGUGCAUGAUUCUGGAACCGUUCUGCAUCCUUGAUACCCAGCUGCAUGGCAUCUCCAGGGAUAUCUGGUUCCUGGGAUAUGAGCUUGAGCUGGCCAUGUACUUCAUGUCGGCCAUGUGUGUGGCGCAUGUUAGUGGCGAUGUACUGUGUGCCACCAUCAACAGUGAGCCUGCAGUAGCUAGGAGCAGAGCAGGCGCCAGAGUGUGUAGGCUAGGCUGGCAGCUGUUCCUGGUAGCUAGUGCUCUGCACAGCAUUCUGCUGGCUGGCUACGAUGCAAUGGAGAUAUCCAGCACGCUGAGAAGACGCCACAUUCCACACUCGGACUUCGACUCGCUCUCCCUCAUCGUUUCCAUAACGACCCGCUCGUUUUUAGCCAAUACAUUCUACACAAAGCUGUUUGACUGGCCACAGGAGGAGGAGAGCAAAAAGCCUGUUAACGUCAUGAGCACUAACUUCCCUAGACCGCCAGAUCGAGAAGUCGACACAGCAGUUACCGAUGGCAUCGCAGCUACGGCAAGUGAUACUGCAGAGACAGACGGUCAUGACACAACACAUCGUGCGAGUAUGACUGCGAGUGGAAGGUUUACAAGGUCCGGGCCUGCUGCGGCGACGAUGGCGUCUGGGGAUGAAGUUAAAAGGAGCAGUCAGUCCGCUUCUCGAAGGCAAACUGCAUCAAGUGGACAGUAUCGUACUUUUGACCAACACACACCAAGUGGGAAAUCCGGGAAAGGACAACAAGCAGAAAAGCAAGCGCUCCUUUAGUUGGAGAACUCGGUCUAGUCUUUCCACCGUCCAAUUCAUGUACGUUUGCUGUUGGGGCAGGAGGAAAGGGAAACGCUCGGCUACCUGCUGUGCGCACAGUGUGAGCUGUGUUUUCUGUGUGAGAUUUAUCCGGGAUACUGGUCAUUUUUAUACUUCGAAGUAAUUUUCUGGUAGGCUGAGCACACGGUCAUUGGCCGCACACUCGUUGACACAGCAUCUGUAUGACAUUGUGCUACCAAUCAAAACUCCUUUUUAUUGCUAUCGUUUUAAGAAUAGGCAUGCAUUUUGACCUCAGAGUACAUGAAGACACAUCUAAGUAUGCUAUAUUCCAUGCA